AUGCCAGCGGCAGCGACGAGCCGUCCUGGCGAGGCAUGGCGGCGGGCGGGGCGGGCGGAGGAGCUGGUGGCGGGGCUGGCGGCGGGCGACGCGAAGGUGCGGUUGCGGGCGGUGCGCGACGUGAAGAACGCCGCCAUCGGCAGCCGCACGCGCAAGCUCGCCUUCAUCCGCCUGCGAGCCAUGCCCAGGUGCACCUUUCUUCCCCGCGCGCCUCUCUUCCCCGCGCGCCUCUAUUCCCCGCGCGCCUCCCUCCUCGUGCGCCUCCCUCCUUCUCGCGCAACUUUCCUCUGCGCAUCCCCCUCCUCCGCGCGUCGCGCCGCCCUCUUUCCCGCGCCUCCUUCCCGGCUCCCUCCCUUCCCCAAAACCACGGCUGCACGCGUCCCUUUCUCCGUACCACCGCCCCACCCCGCGCCCUACUGUUUCCGCGCCCUACUGUUUCCGCGCCCUGCUUCUUCCGCAUCUCCGUUCCCACUCCAUCCGAUUCUGCUGGUGGCAAUGCUGGAGGGAACGGUGGGGGCGGAGGGGGAAGAGGGGGCGUGGGGCGCGGAGGAGGUGCAGCAGGCGGCGGCGGCGGUGGGCAGUUUGGCGUGUGGGCUGCCGGAGGGCGUGCAUGCUGUGCUGGCAGCUGGGGCCGUGCUGCCUCUGCUGCGCUGCCUGCUCCACCCCCAUGCCAAGGUGACGCCCUGCCCGCGUGCUGCCACGCCAUGCCAUGGGCGGAUACGCCGUCUGAUGGAGGCUGUUGCAAGGUCACUGCGUGUGUUUGAUCUUCGACUCGACUCAGAAAUCUGCGCCUAUCUGCCCCGCUUUGCGCCUCUCUGCACAUUUUGCAACACACAGGUGGUGGAGGCAGCUGCACGGUCGCUGCGUUUGAUCUUCCAGUCCACUCCUGCGCUGCCACGUGGCAGCACUGCUGCAGGGGAUUGGCUCUCGCCUGCCCUCAGCCUGCUGCCGUCCCUGCUCGCCUCCCCCAACGAGACUGUGUCCGAGGUGGCAGCCAGUGUGGCAGCGCACUGUGUGCACUCGCCACAGCAGCAGGCAGCACUAGCAGCGGCGGAUGGGCUGCUCUCCCUCACACGCCUGCUCGCCUCGUCACCGCGCUGCACCGACGCCGCUCUGCUCGCCCUAGCAGCGGCUGUUAAAGGCAACCGGCAGCAGGCUGCUGCUCUUGUAGACAUGGGUGGGGGAGCAGCGUUGGCAGCGGUGGUGAGCCUCACGCGCCAUCCAUCGCCCGCCACGCGGCUCAACGCGUGCCGCUGCCUGCUGCACGUCGAGGCAGCCCUCUGGCCGCACGGCGGUGCCAUCACUGCCGUGCCGCGCUCCUUCCUCCAGCACCCCGCUCCCGCCCUCGCUGCCCUGCCUGCUCCUGCAACCACCGCUGUUCCACCUGCCACCACCGCUGUUCCACCUGCCACCACCGCUACUGCCCCUGUCUGUGCUGCUGGCGCCCCAUCCCCUGCCACAGCAGCUGCAGCAGCGGCUGCGAGGGGGAGGGUUGAGCGGGUUGCACGCAGCAGCGGCAGCGGCAGCGCAAGCAUUGCCAGUGAUGGGAAUGGGAGGGCGGGUGGGCGUGGGGGUGGAGUGAAACGGGAUGCAUGGGGCGGGUUGAAGGCAGGCGGGAUGACCAAGGGCGAUCGGGGCACGUGGUUGCGACAGCAGGGUCACGAGCAGGCGGCAUGUGGGCGGGAGGGUGAGGAGGGGCGGGCACAGCAUGUGGUGUGUGGGGCGCUUUUGUCCCCUCGCACAGGGCCCCACAUGCCUGCCACCGCGCUCACACCUGCUACGGCUGCCUGUGGCGAGAGGCCGAUGCGCGUGGGGGUGGGUGUGGGCAUGGGAGUGGGCGUGGGGGCGGCGGCGGCGGUGGAUGUGAACGUGGCGGCGGUGGUGCUGGUGGCGCUCAUCAACCUGCUGCCUCUCCCCGACCAGGUGGGCGAGCAGGCGCCAGGGCUACUGCAGCAGCUGCUGGGCGGCAGGGAGGACGUGCAGUGGGCGGCCUUCAACGCCCACGCGGCCUCGGAGCUCCCCAUCCGCCGCCAGGCGCUCGACCUCAAGGUGCUUCAGCCGCUGCUGCGCUGCCUGGACGCCUCCCAGCCCAUGCCCCUACGCGCCGCUGCGUGCUCCUGCCUACACUCACUCUCGCGCUCCAUCAAGAAUCUGCGCACAGGCUUGUCCACGGCGCCCAUCAUCCUCGCCGUACUCAACCUCGCCGCCUCCCCUGAUGCCUCUGCCCAGGUGCGCCCUCUCCUGAUGCCUCUGCCCAGGUGCGCCCUCCCCCGAUGCCUCUGCCCAGGUGCGCCCUCCCCCGAUGCCUCUGCCCAGGUGCGCCCUCCCCCGAUGCCUCUGCCCAGGUGCGCCCUCCCCCGAUGCCUCUGCCCAGGUGCGCCCUCCCCCGAUGCCUCUGCCCAGCUACCAGCGGCAUUACCAUUCGCCACUACAAAUUUUCCCUCCUCUCUCCUCUCGCAUGAUCUCACCUUGCCGCAGCUACCAGCGGUGUCAGCAUUGGCCAAUCUGCUGCUGGACUUCCGUGGCGACACGGGUGCUCUCGUGCACGCCGGGCUGCUCUCCCGCAUGGCCCACCUGGCAGCUGGGGGCGCAGGGGGGCAGGAGGGGUGCAUGCGAGAGGAGGGCGUGGAAGGGGGUGUGGAAAGGAGUGCGAAGGGGAGAAUGGAGGGGAGUGUGGAGGGGUGUGGGGUGGGGAGUGUGGGGGGGGAGGAGUGGGGGAGAGGGCGGGUAGCAGUGCAGGUGGUGGAGCGCAGUGUGAUGGUGCUGCGCAACGUGGCUCACUCCGCCACCACCGCCGUGAAGCAGCAGCUGCUCGCCCUCAUGCUGCCCGCUACCCUGCCCGCCCUGCUGCUGGGUGCGUGCCUGCCUCGUGCUUCACCUUCUAUCUCAUCCUCUCCACCAAGUGCUCACCUGUCUGCUUCUGUAUUGCUAUCACCCGCUGCCACCUCCAACCUCUCUGCCACCCAUUGUCUUACCAUCGUUGCCCUACCUCAACCACUCUGCACCCCUCCCGGCCUUCUCCCUCCAGCUCCCUGGGCGAGCGUGCAGGUGCAGGCGGCAGCGCUGCUGCGCAACGUGGCGCACGGAGCAGAGGACGACGCCCACCUGCUGCUGGCCCCCGCUGCCCUCCACGGCACCCUCCUGCGCCUCCUCGCCGCCAAACUGCUGCCCGCCCGCCCCGUGCUUCUCAGACCCGCCGUAGGGGGAGACGCGGGAAGAGGAGGAGUGAGAGGGGGUGCAGAGGAGGGUGGGGGGGAUGCGGAGGCAGAUUUGGCGGCAGUGCGGCGAGCACAGUAUGCCGUGCGAGUAGAGGCCAUGCUGGCUCUCAGCAACGUGGCAGCAGGGGGCGCACAGGCCAAGGACUGCGUGCUGGCGCUGCUGCUGCUGCCCGCUGCCAAGGUCUGGCAGUUUGAAGCGUGUUGGCCGGCAGGCGCAGGGAGAGGCGCAGGGAGUGAAGCAGCCGCGUGUGAUACACCAGGGAACGUGGAAGCAGGUGGAGCAAAGGCGGUCGCAUGCAGUGCUGCAGGCUCAAGUGCUAGUGCUUCUGCUGCUGGUGGUGCUUCUGCUGCUGGCAGUAUCAAGGGGCGAGAGGGAAAAGGAAAAGCGCUGGCAGCCACCCUUGCCCCGCAUCCCUUCCACCACCGCCCGCCGUCCAGCCCACCCCAUCCCAACACUACCCCCUCCCUGCCCUCCGCACGCCUCUCGUCCGCCCCUCCCCCACUCAUCCUGCACCUGCUACGCCUGCAAGGCUGCACAUCCCUGCGCCUGGCCUCUCUCUGGUGCCUCACCAACCUCUGCCGCCCCGCCUGCCCGGGGGCUGACAGGCGAGCUGCUGCUGUGAGGGCAGCAGAGGGCGUGGUGGCGCAGCUGGAGAGGCUGGCAGCGCAAGGGGGAUUCGACAUCGCUUGUCGGGCCAAGCUAGCACUUGAUUACGUGACACGGGAAAGCUGA